AUGGAGAUUAGGGAGAGGAGGAGGAGACAGAUGCAGAGUAUUGUUGUGGAGAGGAGUGUGGCUGUGUUUUUUGACUUGGAGGAUAGAGGGGAGGGAUUUUGGGGGAGGGGGUUGGAGGUGAGUGUUGGAUGUGGUGAGGGAGUUGUGGUUGAUGUUGAGGUUGUGAUUGGAGCUGAUUUUGAGAUUGCGACGGGUAAUGUGGUUGGGGAUAUUGCAGUGAAUGUGGAGGUGGGCGUGAAUGGAGGUAAAGAGAUGGGCUGGUGCAUUCGUCUCCUGUUGCCGACCGAUCGUGCUAGACGUCGUAGUUUGAACCACUUGUGCAGCACCAGCAGUAGUUGUAGUACCACUCCAAGCUAUAGUGAACUUUUUCCCUCGUAUAGGGUUCCAGUUUUUGGUGCACAAGAAAAAUAUGUAGUGGCAUCGGAGGGGCCCAAAUCCCUCUAUUCAAUUAGACUUUGGAACUGCCAUAGUUUCGUCGUAGAAAUCUAUGUGAGAAAAAGUCAGAUUUUUGCUUUAACUGCUUCUGGUUCGGGAAGCGACUGCGCCACUGAAGAUAUACGUGAGGUUUCUGAAAUUAAUGCGGUUGGCAUAAUGCGGGGUAGAUUGCAAUGUGAAGGUUUCACAGCUGGUGUCUACAAUGAAAGCAAGGGCGCUAUACUCCGCCACCAAUUUUUCCAAUUCAGUAUUAUACAAGUUAGGGAUUCACAUCAGCCAACUGGAGACUUUAAAGCUUUAUUAUAUUAA